AUGGCUAAUAAAAAGAAGAAUAACAAGAAAUCGAAGAAGGAAGGAGCAUCGCCUACUAAGGAUGUUGUCGAAGAACCAGUGGAACAAAAUGAACUAAUAGAGAGUGAAAUAACAGAAAAUAAUAAGGAAGUAGAAAAUAAAGAAGCAGAAGCUGAGACACAGGAAGACAAUGAGUCUGAUGAUCAAGCUACUCCACUAAUCUAUGCCAAACCAAACAAGAAUUUGAAGAACUUGGACAAAGGUCAUUCUCAGGAACGUAAGGCCUCGGGAAUCUACUCACAACUUUCCCAAGAGCAGAUUAGCGUUCUAAGAGAUGCGUUUUCCUUGAUCGAUGAUGACAAUGAUGGAAUCAUUUCUAACGAGGACUUGAAAAAAGCUUAUAAAUUAAUCAACAAAGAGAUAACCGAUGAGAACGCAGAAAAAAUGUUUUCGGAAGUCCAGGAUCCCUUGGCAUUCGGGGGAUUUUUGAGCUCAUUAGCCGGUAAGUUGGGAGAUUUGUCGAAUAAAGACGAAUUGACUGCAGCGUUUGAGGUAUUUAGUAAUACUGAACAGAAAACUUAUCAAAAUAACGACAAAAAAGAUGAACUCAAAUGCAAUGUAUCUGAUUUGAAGGAAAGUUUAUUGUUGGCUGGGAUGAUGGAAGAAGCAAUAGACACUGCAUUGAAGAGUUUCAUCAAGACUGAAAUGAACGGUACAGAUAUAUUUUUGGCUGAAAGAUUCAUAAAUACGAUACGUGAUGAUUAA